GGCAACUUUGCCCUUGCCAAGUCAAUUUUGCCUAACAACCAAAAAGCCACAGCAAGCCACAAGAGGCAGCAAGAGACCAUGGCGGAUGCGGAGGGUGUGCGCGCAGCCAGCGCAGCAACGACGAUGAUGAGCGACGAAGAGAGGGUGGAGAAGAUGGACCAGAAGGAGCAAGAGCAAGAACAAAGUGAGCAAGAGCAGAAGGAGCCCACUGAUCCAAAAGCGGAAUCGAAGCAGGAUGCUGCAGACAACGAUGCCGGCGAGGCCGCACAAGAACAACAACAACAACAACAACAACAACAACAACAACAAGAGGAGGGUUCAAACGACGACAAUGCGCAAAAGGAUGAAACAGAACAAAAAGAGACAGAGACCGAGCAAGCGGCAGAUUCGACACAAGCAACACAGCCACACACGACAGAAGGAGAGGCAAGCGCUUCAACAGUUGCCAUCGCAGAGGUGACAGGCAGUGACCAGGCCAAUGCUGAGACGACCAACGACGUAGCACUGAACUCAGAGGCGCCAGCGGAUGAAGGCACCGCACAGCCACGCGUGGAAUCGCCAGAGCCAAAGGUUGAGGAACCCGAAGGUGAUGCAGAAGAAGAAAAUGGUGAAGAUGAUGAUGAAGAAGCGGAGACACAGCCCAUUGUAACAGAGCCAGAAGACACAGCUGCAUCACAUCCACAGCGGCACCACCCACAACCGCCAAAGGCAGCAAUCUCUCAACGGAAUACACAAGCCUCCACAGAUGCCAACGCACAACCCCCACAGCAACAAGCCGAGGAAUACUUGCGUGACAACAAGAUUGGCGAACUCUUGGAGAACAUGACCGCACAACUCGUCUUCCACCGCCCAGAGGAUCCAAGGGCAUUCCUCCUCGGCUAUGUUGAGAAGCUUCAGGAGAGAGCGCAGAACUUGGACAACCCGUCAGACUCACUGCCGACGUUCUUUGACGAGCGCAACGCCAAGGCCGUCUUCCGCACCUACGACCCAAGCAACCGCGGCUGGAUCUCCAUGCAACAGUACCACUCUGCGAUGAAGAACCUGUUCUUCAAGGACUACAACGACGAGCCCAUGGGUUAUGUUGAGGGACGUGUCACCUUGGACACCUUCAUUGAGGAGUGCCAAGAAGCGUCUGCCAAUGCCACCAUGACCUUCAAGAUGUGAGAAAAUUGUCUGAAAUCGUUCGUCAAUCUUCUACAAUACAAACAAAAACAACGCUG